AUGGCGCUACCUGGCUCCUCGCAGACCCAGGCCUGGAGCCUGGAGCCCCCCGCUCCCACGGCAGCUAACGCCUCUCCGGGAUCCCAGGAGCCAGAGCAAGCUGGCAACCCAGUGGUCUCCGGGGGGCUCCCCCAGGAGAAGGUGAAGCGGCCCAUGAACGCCUUCAUGGUGUGGAGCUCCGCUCAGCGCCGCCAGAUGGCGCAGCAGAACCCAAAGAUGCACAACUCUGAGAUCUCCAAGCGCCUGGGCGCGCAGUGGAAGCAGCUGGGCGAGGAAGAGAAGCGGCCCUUCGUGGAGGAGGCCAAGCGGCUCCGCGCACGGCACCUGCGCGACUACCCCGAUUACAAGUACCGGCCUCGGCGCAAGACCAAAAACUCGGGCGUCGGAGCUGCCAACGCCAGCCAGGGAAGCGGCGGCCUGCUCUGGGGGCCAGGGUACGCGGCCACCCAAGGAAGCAGAGGCUUCGGGUACCAGCCCCCCAACUACCCGACAGCCUAUCUGCCUGCCAACUACAGCUCUUCCCACUAUAAACCAGAGGCGCCCGUGCCAUGCUCCGUCCCUCAGAGCGACCCCAGACUCCAGCCAGAGCUGCUUCCCACCUACAGCCCCUAUCUGCCCCCAGGCUCCCCCAAUCCAUACAACUCUCCACUUGCAGGCGCCCCCAUGCCCCUGGCACACCUCUAACUCCCACGGACAGGGACCUCCCCGUAAGAGCCUCGGUCCCCCUUUUCCCUCAGAGCCACCCCCACGCACAAGCUGCACCCCCUCUCAGUGUUGAACCACAGCUCAGAGGCUGCCUGCAGCCAGCCCGCUCACAACACACAGGAUAAAACUCAUUUUGUAC